GCUGUAAGACUUAUUAAAUCCAGAGUCUCACUUUAAUAGACAUUUAACAUAAAUACGCCAUGCGUCACAUAAAAUACCCGUGUGAAUUUUUAAUAAUUAACUUCGAAGUUUAAUUGCUGAGUUCAUAAAGACGAAGGACAAAGAAAAUGUGCUAAUUAGCUUCUCAAUUAGCUUAACAGGUGAGUCAGCAAAGAUGGCGUCCUUUCUAAAGGUAAACAAGACUGACAGCUUUCAGAUCGAGACGUUACAUUAGCUCAGUCUACAUUUCCUCCUGAAAAAUGAGAAUAUUGUUGCAUGUUUUGUGUGGUAAGGUGUUGCUGCUCGCCUUUUUACCUUUCUGCGUCACCAGUCCAGCGCCGACAGGAAUGUUUCAGACCAGAUGUCUGGAGCGUCACUUUUGGCUUUCUGUCAAGUCCAGCUUCCUCGGCCAGAAGAUCCGUUUUGACUUUGAAGACCAGGACGGGUUCCACGUCCUGUCUGACCAGGAGGCCACUCUCUGUGGUUACUCCGUCCUGAUCGAUGAUGUUGGAGACCUCGUGUUUCGUGCUUCCUUCCUGGCCUGUCAUGUCCACAGAAAGGGAGAAGCAGACUACCACCUGCGUGUUUGGUUUGUGAAGCUGCAGGCGGACGGGAAGGUGGCGGCGUAUCCCUUCCAGCUCCACUGCUCGCUCCGGGGGCGGUGGAGCUUCAGAGAGAUCGUCUGUGAGGAAAACUACAUGGAGGUGUCCAUCCAGCUGCCCGUUACAUCCACAAAUGAGAAGGUAGCUGACGAGGCAGACAUGGCUGUGAUGUUCCACAGAGAUGACCAGGCUCCAGGGGAAGCCAGGGUCUGGUCCCUGACAGAAGCAGCUGCUCUGGGCUACCACAUCUCCCUGCGAGGCUCUCUCCUCACCCUGCGCUCUCCCUACUCCUCCGCUCUCUCAUACUUUGUCAAGGAGAACGGAGUGGAUUUAGAGAUUGUCAGAGCAACCAUCCGCUGUCGUCUCCAGAGAAACGUCCUCGCCGUCGACGCCACUGUUGCCUGCGCUCUGAAUAAGGCUACAGCCGAUGGGUCUGACCUGCUGUGGGCUGUCCCUCAUAUUCUGACUCCGUUAGUCCACGGUCGGUUCAGGGACAGAGGUGUGAGGAUCGGAGUGAACGGACGAGUUCUCAGUGAGUCUGAAAAUAAAGAGAGGGGAUACAAGAUCAGCCAGCAGGAGGGCAGAGUGGAGGUCAGGGUUCCUUUAGGAGCCCGAGGUGGACACGUUAAGAGCGGUGUAGUGAGGGGACAGUACAGCCAGUCCGUGUCAGUGGAUCUGUUCUUCAGGAGUCAGUGGGAGGACGAUCGCUGGCCGCUCACACAGCAUCGCUCCUUCAGGCUCCUCCAGACUCGUCUCAUCCCACCAAUCAUCUUCACCAACAACACAUCUGACGGAUUGUUCUCCGUCACAUUCGGCCUCUUUGCACCCGACGUCUCCCUCCAGAAGGUGACGGUCGAUGGUGGCGGUGACCUUUUGACCUGGACCCACAGUGACACCGCCGACCUCAGUGUGUCCAGGCUCGCCCACUCCAACGGGAGCCACUCCUAUCAUCUGCGUUUCCCGUUGUCACACCCAAAAAUCAUCCCAGAGUUCAUAGGUGGAGGCUUUAAGACGUACAGCCUCUCUUUCACCUUUACUCUAAAAGUCUCACCCAGCGGAGAGCUGUUUUACCAUGAAGCCACUAUAGAGCCGAGAACUGAAUACACAGCUCCGGGUUCCCCAAAGCUGGAGGGGAAGUGCACAGAGAGCAGCCUGCUGGUGCUGCUGCACCACAGGGCCCAUCAUACUGAGCUGCAGUGGGAGCUCUUCCUCGGAGCUCAUAAACUGGACUGGGACCUGGUGGAGAUGGGCAAGUUCGUGGUGGAGGCGGAGGACGACUACCUGACUGUGGAGAUCCCUCUCUACAGCCCUGGAAUGAACUAUGUGUCUUUAUGUAAAUUAAGGAUUAGAAACACUUCUCAUAGUUUCUUAAAGGGAUUUCAACACAUCAUUGUACCCUCAGUGCUUAUAAAAAAGAUGUGCAGUGUAAUUCACUUUACAAGAAUUACACUAUUACUCCAUAAUAUUGCCGUUGUGAUGAUGCACGUUUCCUUCUUUUCUUUUCCCAUGCAGGAGCUGACGUUGCAGGGUUUUGUCUCAGGAGUGGAAGUGUUCGUUGUGGAUGCAGAGUCUCUGGAAGUGGCGGACAGUCUGGUCCAUAGAUGUACCUUUCCUGUCAGAGAACAACUCGCAUGUUUGCCAGAAGGGAGGAUGGUUGCUGUGGUCGACACCACACACACCAUCCCGGCCACUCGCCCCAACCGGACCACGCUGUUGGACCCCAGCUGUGUUCCCAUUGAAACGGACAGUACCAGAGCCCUGUUCAGCUUCAGCCUGGACUCCUGUGGGACAACUGUAACUAGUGAGGGAAAUUUCCUUGUCUAUGAAAACCAGAUCAGUUACCCUCAAGAGUUUCUACCUUUAAAUGGUCCUCUCAUACACAGAGAUUCUCCAUACAGGCUGACAAUUCAGUGUCGCUACCCAGCAAACCAUAGUAGUACUUUUGCUAUGCAACAUCCUUCAAACUCCUCUUUGGACCGUUCCCCUAUGCCAAGCAAAAACACACGCAGGGAAGCUGCAGACACAGGUGUGUGUGUGUGAAACAUUUCCCAGUCAAUCUACAACUCAUAUUUGAUAAUGUGAGUGAAUUUGUAGGGACUGUUUCGCCUCUUCUCAGUGAACAGUCUGACGCAGCUGGUGUCGGCUGUAUUUUGCGUUCUGCACAUUCUGAAGGUCCACAGUGCUACAGUGCUUCAACUCCGGUGUCCACUAUCAGACGCACACCAAGACCUGGUUACCACCCUGCUGCUCCGUACAUCAAAGUAUGAGGCUUUCUAAACGAUGUAGAGAAAAUGAGAAAGGUUGGUUGCUUAUCUGAAAUGUGGUUUAAUGUCACGUUCUUUUCUCAUGUUGUAUUAUUGUAACAGGAGCCGGGGAAUCAUCACAAGUUAAAUUGAUUCUUUUGGAUUGUAAUGAUAUGGAUUUUCAAAUAAAGCUCAAAUUUCUGUCUUAAA